AUGGCCAAGGUUUUCGAUGCGGCCGAAGUUGAGAAGCACAACACGAGAGAGAGCUGCUGGGUCACUUUGUAUGGCAAAGUCUACGAUGUCACCGACUUCCUCGCAGAACACCCCGGCGGUGCCAAAGUAAUCCUCAAACUGGCCGGUAAAGAUGCCACCGAAGAAUACGAUCCAAUACACCCCCCAGGGAUCCUAGAAGAAAAUCUCGCCCCCGAAGCAUGUCUAGGAACCAUUAACCCUGACACAUUACCGAAGCCAGAAGCGCAACCGGAGCCCACGUCAACAGAGGAAGACCAGGGACCACCCCCGAUGGAGUCGCUGCUUAACCUGGACGAAAUCGAGCAGGUUGCUACCAAAAAUGUGAGCAAGAAGGCGUGGGCUUAUUACUUCUCUGCGUCGGAUGACAAGGUUACCAAGAGCUUUAACACGGCUAUCUACCGAUCCAUUCUGCUACGGCCGCGAGUUUUUAUCGACUGUACACGAUGCGAUCUGGAUACAAGCGUUUUGGGGCAUAAACUGGGGAUGCCGAUUUUCGUGUCACCGGCAGCCAUGGCUCGUCUGGGUCAUCCUGCAGGUGAGGCUGGUAUCGCAGAGGCUUGUCGCAGCUUCGGUGCCAUGCAGGUCAUCUCCAACAAUGCCUCCAUGACGCCAGAACAGAUUAUCAAAGAUGCAGCACCAGACCAAGUGUUUGGAUGGCAGAUCUAUGUCCAGAUCGACCGGAAGAAGAGCGAGACAAUGCUGGCGCGCAUCAACAAGCUUGACGCGAUCAAAUUCAUCGUGCUCACGCUUGACGCACCCGUCCCGGGCAAGAGAGAAGAUGACGAGCGAAGCAGUAACGCAUCCGCCCCGAAGCCCGCUGGUGGGUCGCCAGAGAAACAAACAGAGGCCGGCGAUGCUGGUGGUGGUGUCGGAAAGCAGCUCUUCGCUGGAACCGAUCCAUCUCUCACCUGGAAGGAGACGCUCCCCUGGCUGGCCAAGCACACCAACAAACCCAUUGUUCUUAAGGGACUGCAGGCACACGAGGAUGCCUACAUUGCAUCGCUCCACACGCCUCAAGUCAAGGGUAUUAUUCUGUCCAACCAUGGUGGCCGCGCUCUCGACACCGCACCGCCUGCCGUUCACACUCUGAUGGAAAUCCGGAAGUUCUGCCCCGAGGUAUUCGACAAGCUUGAGGUCUGGGUUGACGGUGGCAUUCGUCGCGGAACAGAUGUAGUCAAGGCUCUAUGUCUCGGUGCUAAGGCUGUGGGAGUUGGUCGUCCUGCGCUUUGGGGAUUAGGUGCUGGUGGUGUCGAGGGUGUCAAGCGGACGUUUGAAAUUCUGGCCGAGGAAACCAAGACAAGUAUGCGGUUAUUGGGAGUCGAAAGAGUCGAAGAGCUAGGCCCUCAACAUAUCAACACCCGUCUAGCAGAACAACAGAUUUAUGACGGACCAUCAGGGCUCGAGCUGGUCCGGGGUACAUUCCGAGCCAAGCUUUAG